CAUUCGAUAGGCCGGUGCCAGUCACGGUUGAACCCUCCCGCGGCGCCGACGUCACGAAAUGCGCGACCACAAACUUUCAAGUUAAAACAUGUGGACAGACGUUAGUAGUCGCGAGAGACAUAAGUAUCUGACGCAGACGAAUGGAUCUUUUAUACCGGGAUACACCGGGCACUGUCCUAUGCUGAAGUUCCGUUACGGCAAAUGCUACGGAGACAACACACGGCAGAUACUCAGGGAGAUCAAGUCGAAUGGCCUGUUCAAUAAACCGCUGGAAUACCGCCGCGGCGACAACUACGAGCUAGACCGCAUGCCGCGCUGCGACGCGCCGCGCCGCGACGCGUACGACGGCAUCGGCCGGACGCCCGCCUACAUGACCGGCUACACCGGCUACGUUCCCGGAAUGAACUUUAGAUACGGCAAAUCCUACGGACGAGCAGCGGACGACUGUAUAGCAGACUUCGAAGAGAACCAACGGGCGCUGCGUCGGCGUGCUGAUUUGAACCGAACCCACGCACGAUCGCGAAGCGCACCCAAGAUGGAAACCGUCCAUUCGAGAGACGAGAUACGGAGAGAGCUGAACCGAUUUAGAGAGAUCAAUAAGUACAAAGAAAACACAAUAUCCCCCGAAUUCCCUCCCAUCGCCGGCUACACGGGCCACAUCCCCCGCAUCAAGGGCUCCGAAGCCUCGCUGAGCCAACGCUACCACUGCGCCGCCAAGCGAGGCCUAGAACUCAUCCGACUCGAACGAGACAAGAGAACGGAGAUCCACAACGCAGACGGCAACAUUAAGGCGAUUCUAAAGGACAAGGAUAGAAAGUUCUCGUACUGGAACUGGGGAUAGCAUACGGGGAGGAGAAUGUUCUUUGGCAAGUGCCGGUAGACAUUCUUCUGAAUAGUGUUGAUUGUUAAGAAUUUUAAGAGAAAUUGUUUGACAAUUUGACUGGAACUUGACGCGAUUCGCUCUUUCUUAGAUAUUUUCACCUACGACAAAAAAAAGAAGAAUAGAUUCGACG